CAACUGCCCCCCAAUUCAAACAAACACCGCCAAAAUGCCCGGCUCCCUAUCCCUAUUCUCCGUCAAUGCCGUCCUCCUAAUGUCGGCCGACGAUGGCUCCCGCAUCUUCGCCAAAUACUACUCCCCGCCUCACCCUCCGGCUGGCACUGCCCCCAAUUCUACCGAUUACCCCGGCGCAAAUCCCUACCCUACGCUCAAGGAACAGAGAGCCUUCGAACAAGGUCUUCUCGAGAAGACAAACAAGCAGACCAGCGAUGUGAUUCUGUACGAUAACCGGAUCGUCGUCUUCAAGAUGGAGAGCGAUGUCAUGCUUUAUGUCGUGGGCGGUGCGGAGGAGAAUGAAGUCCUGCUUUAUAAUGUUGUUUUGUCGCUGCGGGAUGCGCUGGGAAUCUUGUUCAAGGGUGCCACCGACAAGCGGACGAUUGUCGAGAACUACGACCUUGUGGCCUUGGCUAUUGAUGAGAUUAUCGAUGAUGGCAUUAUUCUGGAGACCGACCCCGUUCUGAUUUCGUCUCGUGUGAGCCGCGCUCCCCAGGCCGAUGCGCCGAAUCUCAAGAGCAUUGAUCUCUCCGAACAAGGCCUACUCAAUGCUUGGGAACUGGGAAAGAGGCGUUUGGCCGAGGGUUUGCGGCAGAUGUAGAGGGAGAUACGUAUCAUACCAGUUGGGCGUGUUUGGAUUGGGUUGGUAUUUGCAUGGUUGUGCAUUGAUACUUUUUUUCUUUCUAUUUUUCUUUUCUCGUGUCAUACUAUGUGGCUGGUCCUGGCGUGGUACUGUGCGUGUUGCCUAUUCAUUUUUGUGAUGUUGACUUUUAUCUACUUGGAUUGUUUUAUUUUUCUUUCAGGGACCCUGAAUAUUUUAUAGAGAUAUGAUACUCCCGGUUUAUAGUUGUUAUUUGUCGGUAGGGGUCCCUCAGUCUUGAGAUGCCAGCGAAAGGAACAAAACAACAGUAAAUCAGACAGCAUAAUGGAUAAUGU